AUGAAAGGCGAAAAACGAAAAGCGAAUUUCGAUAUUCGUGAAAUAUCACUUAUUGUGGAAAAUGUUUCCGAAAACAUAGGCACUAUAAAAAGUAAGUUAACAAAUUCAGUGACAAACAACUUGAAGAAACAAGUGUGGCAGUCCAUAACAGAUCAAGUAAACUCGGUUGGCGUUGAACGCAGGGAUAGGGAUGACGUCAAAGAGAAAUGGAGGAGUAUGUACACGUCGGCGAAAAAGAAAUUUGCCGAGUAUAAAAAAAGUUUAACGAAGACGGGUGGUGGACCAAGUUCCAAAGAACUCAGUCCCAAAACACAGAAGAUAGUUGAUUUAUUUUUGGACGAUCCGAGUUUCUCCGGGCUUAAUGGUGGGAUGGAGACUGCAAUUCUGAUAAACCAAGGAUCAUCAGGAUGUGAAGUCAUUGAUGAACAUCAUUCACCGGAACAGACAUGCACAUUUUCAUCUUGGUAUGAACCAACAGCUUCCACCGCGGACACUCUCGCGAUCGACGACCGGAUGCAGAAGUUGGAAAUGAUCCGCCGCCUCACACCCCUGGAGACGGAAAGUCUACUGGUGUAUCACCAUAUAGAGCUUGGCGGGAAAAAGGAGCCCACCGAUUGGACGAGGAACGUCACGUGGGCGCCGAAAACCAGAAGACGAUUCUGGAACCCGAAAGCCCGCUCUCUUGCUACUGAACCGUAA